AUGAUUGAACCUCCAACAAACGGCUCUGAACGUAUUCUCACAAUGAGACUCAACACCACCACUUGCCCUGUGACACUCAUCAGUGUCUAUGCGCCAACUCUCAUGGCCUCUUCUGACACAAAAGAUGAGUUUUAUGAAAAUCUCUGUGCCACCCUUCUGAAAGUUCCUCCAAAAGACCAAGUUAUUCUACUUGGCGAUUUCAAUGCCCGUGUUGGUAGUGACUACGAGGCUUGGCCUUCUUGUUUAGGCAAACUCAAUGUUGGCAAAGUUAAUGAAAAUGGUCAGAGACUUCUUGAAUUUUGCACGCGUUUCAAUCUUUGCGUUGCUAACUCAUUCUUUCAGACUAAACCUCAGAAUAAAGUUUCUUGGAGACAUCCACGCAGCAAGCAUUGGCAUCAGCUUGAUCUUGUGCUUGUUCGUAGAUCAAACCUCAAUUCCAUCAAAGUUGUUCGUUCUUAUCACAGUGCUGACUGUGAUACUGAUCAUUUGCUUGUUUGUUGCAAAGUUAAGCUCUUUCCAAAAAAGAUGUUCUUUUCUAAGGCUAAGGGAAAACCUCGUCUGAACACUGCAAACAUGCAGGAUCCUGUGCUUGUGUCACAAUUUACAAACCUUUUUGAAAAGGAACAUUCAAUCAUAGAGUCAGAUCCAGCUGAAAAGCGAUGGCAGUCUUUGAAAUCUUUGAAGUCUUCUGACUGGUUUGAGACAAAGUCUAAGAUACUUAAUCCUGUUAUUGUGAAAAAGAGGCAAAUGCAGUGCGAGUACAACAAGCACCCCAGUAGAGAAAAUCUGCACAAGCUCCGGCAAGCCAGAAAUGAGGCCAAGCAGAUGGUCAGGCGUUGCGCCAAUGACUACUGGAUGGAGCUGAGUCAGCGCAUUGAAAAUGCCUCUGCUACAGGUAAUAUCAGAGCCAUGUAUGAGGGCAUUAAGACUGCAACAGGGCCUACUCAGAUCAAAUCUGCCCCCUUGAAAUCCUCCUCUGGAGAACUUAUUGUGGACAAGGGUAAGCAGAUGGAUCGCUGGAAAGAGCAUUAUUCUGCCCUAUACUCUAGGCAGAGCACUGUUUCUGAGUCCGCACUUGCUGCGAUGGAGCAACUUAGUGUUUUACAUGAGCUUGAUGAGAUGCCUACAAUCUCUGAGCCGAGUAAAGCUAUUGACCAGCUUGCCCCUGGUAAAGCUCCAGGAAGUGAUGAGAUACCUCCUGAUUUAAUCAAACAGUGUCAGACAGUCCUUCUUAAACCUAUUUAUGAUCUUCUUUGUUGUUGCUGGGCAGAAGGUGAAGUGCCACAAGACAUGAGUGAUACUAAGAUAGUUACUCUCUACAAGAAUAAAGGUGAACGGAGUGACUGCAACAAUUACAGGGGCAUAUCUCUCCUUAGUAUAGUGGGCAAGGUAUAUGCAAGAGUUCUUCUUGUCAGGUUACAAAAGCUUGCUGAGCGUGUCUAUCCUGAAUCUCAGUACUCAGAGAUUAACAAGAGGAUAGGCAAAGCUGCAGGUACCCUGUCAAAGCUAACUGACAGAGUGUGGGAGAACUGCAUAUUGAAAGUCAGCACAAAAAUGUUAGUCUACAGUGCAUGUAUAUUAAGCACUUUGCUCUAUGGCAGCGAGACUUGGACACCCUAUGCUAGACAAGAAGAGCGUCUUCAGAUAUUCCAUCUGAGAAACCUGCGUUUCAUCCUUGGCAUCAAUGCUAUAUUUCCUGAUUUGGAUUUAGCAAACCGAUCUUGGGACAACGUCCUUUUGAAUCCUUUUAUGUACAUAAUAUUAAAGUAUUGCAUCCGCCACCAAUUUAUCAAUCAGCAUUCUCCUGGAUCGCGCUGUAAAGACGAAACUGAUCAUAUUUUGUGGAUGUUGCAGACCGAAAUCACGCCAAAGGAUAAGGAGUGUAACGAGCAUGAUAAAAAGCGUCCAAUGCUGUACUCUUAUCUCCGUGAUAUAUGCUCCAUGAAUUUCAAGGAGAUCCCUAUCCCUGGCAUGUCCGAUGAAAAGUCCAGAUAA